GGCGGAACGCGGAAUGGGCGCGCGCUCUGUAAAAACGGAAUGAGCUCCGCAGGUCAGGUUGUGCCCCCAACUCUUGGCCAUUCGGAUUUGAUAGCCGUUCUAGGGACAUAUCGUUGUCCACGCGGCACGAAAGUGCGCUCCUGGUUUCCUUGAGUCGCGGCGAGACGCGUGGCGACGCAACUGCUGAGCGCGCCAAUCCCGAGCUGGCAGCAGGGCGGGCCUUUGAGAUUUGAAAUCUUGACUGUGUCAGGAGAGGCCCGCGCGACGUGCUGCGUGUAGCUCGUGGCGUGCCCUGUAGGCCUCGGGCGCCAGCGCGGGGGCGCCCAGCCCUCCUAUAACAGAGUGGAGUUGGACAUCUAAGGUCACCGUGUGCCUCACCCUUCACCCGAGGUACGAGCUGCAGUCCCCUCCCCGCCCGCCGAUCCUGGCCUGCGGUGACUGGUCCUCUUGUCUCUACUCACCGCCCCGGCCCCCACGCCGCUCCCGGUUUCCAGCUCUGCGCUGCCGGGCGCGACCCCGACCUUCAGCUCGGCGCGCUUGUCCCUUGUCUCUUGCCUGGGCUUUUCUAGAACUCAUAACCGGUUCCUCGGUGCUUGCUUACCAGGUCCUCGCGGUGCUGCUGCAAUUGUCAACGGAGCGGAACAUUCACUGAUUCGUUUGAAUGGUUUCUCUGGGUCUCUGCUGAAGUUCUAUCCUGAAAAUUGUGUUCCAGUUUUCUCUUAGAGGAGUUUUGUUGCUACUGGCUUAUUAAGAUGAUUGCAACACCUUUGAAACAUCCUGGAAUUCACCUAUCUUCAGAGAUAUCCUCUCAAAGAAGAAAUAUACCCGUGGAUGCAGUCUUUUUCGACAACAUUCCUGAAAACACACUUACUCCUGUAAAAGAUUUGGUGAAAUACCAGAAGUCCUCUUUAAAAUCAAAUGACUGUAAAAGGAAUACAUUUGCAGAAACAACAACUUCUAACAAGAAAAAUAUAUUUCAAUCUACCAUGCUAACAGAGCCUAGCAUCUCUAGUAGUUAUCUUGAUAUCAGUGCUAUAAAGCCUAUUAACAGUGGAUUAAAAAAUAAAGCAGCCUAUGAGUCACCAGGAAAAGUAUUUCAGAGAAUGAAAGAAAAAGUACUACGUGACAAACAGGCACAAGCAUCAAGAAACUGUAGUAUAUUGGAACCACCAAACAGUGAAAAUAAUACACUCUUCACCCCUAAGAAAAAUGAGAAAAGACCAUUGCAGCGUACCUUCCUAUGUGAAGAAAAGGAAAAUAACAGAUCAUUCCAGUCAGCACCUGUCCAAGAAGUUGCCCUAGAAUCAUCUGUCUCCCUUCCCUUCAAACAAAAGACUCAACACCAGCAGGAAAAGAAAACGCAGCGCCACAAUUUAACUUAUGAACUUCCAGUUCUGAACCAAAAACAUGAAAAUGUUUCAGCUGCACGAGUCUCAAACAAAGGCUUAGCUAGAGGUCAGCAGACUAAACAGAAUCUUCACUCAAAAGAGAACACAGUUGAAAUCACUAAGUCCAAAAACAACACACUUGGUUUAGAAGGCGUCCCUUUGGCCGAUAAGAAAUUACGGAACACUUAUGUUGAAACUUCUAAUGCUGAUUGUAUUCCUAUUAAAAAUAGUAGUAAGGGAAUAGUUUCUGAUAGUGACAUGACAACAGAAGGCACUUCAGAAGGGGAAAAUAAGGAGCAAAGUGAAAAAACAGUGUCCAGAGAGACCAGUCUUCCCAACUCCAUGGAAGAUACAUGUAAAAUUGUACUUGCAACUCCAAGAUGUUAUUUAACAGAACCUCGGAGAUCAAAAAGAAAUAUUUCAAAGUUUUCUCCUCCAAGUUUAUUUCACACUAUUACAAAAGAAGUUAAAAAAAAUAAGGUAAUCCAGCUAAAGGAAUGGAUGAUUAAAGUCAUCAAUGAUAACAGUGAUAUAUGUGUAGAAGGAAAACUGACAGACAUGAUGGACAUCUACUGGCAUAGUAAUGUAAUUGUAGAGCGGAUUAAACACAAUGAACUUAGGACUUUAUCAGGCAGCAUUUAUAUAUUAAAAGGAUUGAUAGACCAGAUUUCCAUGAAAGAAGCAGGAUAUCCAUAUUAUCUCACAAGAAAAUUCAUGUUUGGAUUUCCAAAAAAUUGGAAAGAAUACAUUACCAUUUUUCUAGAACAAUUAAGGGCUGAUGAAAGGAAAAGGAAAAAUGCCAGAGAAAAACAGAAAACUGCAAGCUUUGUCCAUAACUUACGAAAAUCAGUGAAAAAAGAUGCAGAAAGCCAAAAGGAUAAUCUCCAAACCACCAGCAACAAUUAUGACUAUGGUUGUGAUAACUCUGAACCGAAAAGCAGUAAACAAAAAGUGUUGCCUAGAGCUACCAGAGUAAACGUUGCCAGUAAUAAUUACCAGAGUAAACCAGCAGCAGUCAACUAUUGUCAAACUAUUGACAGUGUAGGAAGUGAUGACUUGGGUAAUCAGGAAUUAAUUGGCAAAAGAAAGUGUAAUAAUAUGUCUUUAAAGAAACUAAAUUGUGAAGAAAUAAAUGAAAGGAUAACUAAAAGUCAGAAACAAGUUAAAGAGAAAACUGAAGAAUCAAAUGUAUCUACUGAUAUUUUGACUUUACGACAACAGCCUUUUCUGGCUGAAGAAAGAAAAUACACGACUACCGUUUGGAAAGAAGCUUCUAUUUUUGUAACACCACUUAAAACCAAAAAGGCGAUAGAGCAAAGAUGCAUGGAGUAUAGUCUGUCCUAUUACAACCCCAAAGCAACAACAGAUUUUCCUGUGCCAAAGCCUCAAGAGAAACGUGUACAGGACUUAAAUGAAAGUCUCAUCAGUAAGUCCACAGAGACUUCAGAAAAUGCAUCUAACAUUGUGGAUCAUAAAAGGGAAAACAAGAAAGAGGGCAAUGAACGGGAUUUACUCACUAUUGACCCGAAAAUAACAAUACCUACCCCUAAAAAGAAACACAUGGGUAUUCAAGAGUUUAAGAAAAAUGUCAGGUUGCCUUCAAAAUUGAAGAAAAUUGAAAGUCAAGUAGAUGUGCCAUUUUAUAAUCCUCAGUCCUCAACAGAUUUUUCAAGUGAAGAGAGUGGAAGUGAAUGGGAAAUUAGAAGGAAAGCUAGAGGUAAGAAAAACAGAGCAAGAAAUAGCAAAGAAACCGUUGCAUACCUGAGCAAAAACAAAAGAAGCACCACAAGGAUUAUCACAGUGACUUCAGAAUCUGAAACUGAUGACAGUAAAACAGAGGAUCUUAUCAGAAAGAAGAAAGCUAGGUUUUCUGCUAAGGAAAGCCUGAGCCGUGGUGUGCGGAAUGGACUUUCCGUUGAGGCAGUGGGAUCUGACAAAACUAGCAAGCAUUCCUUAGAAGGUUUACCUGGCUUAAAUCUGAAUAAGGAGUGGGGUGAGAAAGAAUUACAAAAGCUUCACUGUGCUUUUGCAUCUCUUCCAAAACAUAAACCUGGUUUCUGGUCCGAUGUAGCUCUGAUGGUAGGUUCUCGAACUGCUGAAGAAUGCCAGAAGAAAUACAUGGAAGAUCCUCAAGACAAAGUAUCUCAGAAGAACACCACCAAGAGAAAGCAAGACAUUGCUAAAGGCCAAGAUGGUGAGAGAGACAGUGCUAAUAAGACGAAGACUGUUCAGAUAACUGCCAAAGUGGGAACACUUAAAAGGAAGCAACAAAUCAGGGAAUUUUUGGAAAAGAUGCCAGAAGAGGAUCAUGAUGAUUUUUUUACUGCCACACCUUUGCGUAAUCAGAGAGUAAGGCUGCCAAGUUUCUGGGACAGUCAAGACCAUGACGACAUUCUGCCAGCUAUGGACAGAAAUCCAGCAACUCCAUCAUCUGCCUCGCUCCCACUGGCAGAAACCCCUCAGUGUCAGCAUGUCAGCCCUGGCAUGCUAGCCUCUAUCAAAAGGAAUGAAUGUGAUAAAUAUGUUUCUCGUAUACAAAAAACUCAUAAAAGUAAUGGUGGCAUUGUUUGGGGCAACGUUAAGAAAAAAAAAGUUGAAACUGCUUUCUCAACCUCACCAUUAAGAAGAACACUGUUCAACCAAGAUUUAGGUGAAAAGUCUGGUAUUGGAAAACUUUGCAUUAAUGCUAUGGAAUCUUUAGAUGAAGAAGAGAAAGAUUAUUAUUUUUCAAACUCUGAUUCUGCAUAGAUUUCUGAUUCUGAUUUCCAGGAUUCUCAUGAAAAACAGAUGGUAUAUUUGUAUCUACAUUUAGAAAAUAUUUAUGUAUUUUCUUUAUGAUGUAGGUCCAUAUGAAAAUGUGGAUUCUUUUUCCAAAGGUUUCAUGUUUGCAUGCAAAGUAAAAUAUUCUAAAAUAUUCCUCAUUGCUGCAGCUUAUCAAACAUGUAAGCAAAAUUGUUUUGUGUUUUCUGUAAAUAUGGUUGUAAUAUUAAAAUGUAUGUAGUCAACUCAAGUAUUCAAGUCUGCUUGCUUUAAUAAAAUCAUGUCCUAAAUAAACUAGUUAUUGUGCUCCAGAUUUCCUAGGGUUGGAUUGGUGACUACUGAAUUUUAACUUUUCUGCUACCAGAUAUUAAAGCCAUAACUGAUCUAAUGUUUGUAUUACGUACUGUUGAAACCAUUUGACAUGCUUCUCUCCUGAUUGUUUCCUCUUGAAACUUGUGAAUUAAUACUUCACUGUUUUAUUAAAUAGAACCAGAAAAUAGACUUGCAUUUUGUAGCUUUUUACAUAAAUGAACCUAGUUUAACUUUGGUCUCAGUAUUAAAAUGACUAGCCAGGCAUGGUGGCAUACACCUCAAGUCAGUCACAAGUUUGAGGCCAGCCUGGUCUACCUAGUGAGUCCAAGGUCAACCUGAACUACUAUAGCAAGACCCUGUCUUAAAAGACUAAAAAUAUACAAAAGAUCGGUCAUUCAGUUAAUAGGUCCAUUAUUAUAAGGAAUCAAAUUAAGUUACAGUAAAUACCCUUUUUCUUUCACUAAUAGCUCCUUUAGAAAUAAACUUUUAGCUUAUUCUACCAAUUAUAUUUUUAAAAUUGACAUAAAAUAUCUUCCCUCUGGUUAUAGUAUAUAUUCACCUACCUUUCUUUCCAGUUAGAUUGUUCAAAUAAAGUUAGUUUGCUUUUA